AUUUCAUUACCAGAUUGAGAGGACAGUGUCGGUAACUUGCGUUCAGAGUUUAUUUUACCGCGAUGUCUCUUAACCAAUUAUUCUCAAUAAAAAUUACUUUACUGACGACACGGCCUAAAAUAGACUGUUUUAUAAAUUAAACUUCCCACUUGUUCACUGUAUACCUAUGACAUAUGACUGAAUAAAUUAAUAUUUGCCACUGGCGGUGAAGUGCACCAAUCGAUAAUUGUGUCAUAAUAUUUACGAAAGAAAUACAAUGUAAAUAAACUUUAUUUCAAUUUAGCUUUCUUUUCUAACUGGUGCUGGAUUCUGUGAUAGUGAAAUAUUUACUGUAUCGCUAAAAACUGUCUUGAUAUUUACGCAAUAAACUUGUGUUACAUACAAAAAGCAAUAAUUAGGACAAAGUGAAGUGAUGCGACAGCAAUAUCAAUAAUUUUGAGUUAAAACGGCGUAAGCUCCACAAGAAGGCAAAGUUCCACAUUAUGACGUAAUCGUGCAAAACGAACAUGAAACAACACCAUCUACCGUCGAACGAGUGAACUAAUUACUUGCGGGUGACGCGAUAUAGCGGCGCUGCGGCGGGUCCCAAAAAUGCACUUAGCCCCAGUCACUGAGUGAACAAUGCCCCGGUUAAAGUAUGCCUCCGUGCUUCGCUUUCUCGUCAUCUUGGGGCUGUUCUGCUUGUCGGUGCAGAUCAUGCUGUCGGCGUCGAAUGGGAUUAUUGACAGAGAUGGUGGUAAGUUUGAAAAAAAAAUUAUUAACCUGCAUUAGGUACUCUACAUUAAACGUCAACGUACGAGACAGUCGUGGCCAUAAAACGGGGAUACGGCAUCGGUUAUACUGCGCUCUCGCUCGCACUAAAAGGCGUAUAAAAAGGCGUAGUGAUGCGCCGUGUUUGUAUCGAUAUAAUCUUUAACAAUCUUUAUCGAUCUCUAUAUAAUCUUUAACUAUGCCAAAUCUCACACUUUUUGUGUGCGCAAUAUGCCUAAAAAAGAGUAAAAAGUUUUUCUCUCAAGUAGCGGCAUUUACUCCAUACAAAGACUUUCUCUCUUUUUUUCCUGAAUAAUGACACGAGCUAAUAUUUUAUUUAAUAUAACCAAAGUUAAGUUAAAUUAAGUAUAUGGAGGUUAUACUUACUUACUUACUUAUCUUCACGCACAAUCCCUGACGGGGUAGCCAGAGAGAAUAGAUCGCCAAGUGUCACGAUCCUUACAUACCUCUUUCGCUUCUUUCAGAUUCAUUAUCUUCUUCAUACAUGCACGUCUAGGUAUCCGAGUACUCUUGACCCUACCCUCUUCGAGCAAUUUGCUCACAUGGUCUUCGAAAGUUAGUCUCGGUCUACCUCGACACCUUUUAAUAUUUACUUUCGCGCUAUAUAUUUUCAUCACCAUUCGGUCUUCACUCAUUCGCUCAACGUGCCCAAACCAUAGAAGCACGCCCUUAUCAAUUUUUGUGAUAAGGUCAUUUUUCAAACCUGCCAUAUUGCGAAUCUCUUCGUUUCGCUUUCGCUCGGUCAUGGUAACGCCGCACAUUUUACGAAGAGAUCGCAUCUCCACUGCAUUCAACUUACUUGUAUGCUUCUUCUGGCAUACCCAGGUUUCGCUGCCAUAUAACAAAGUCGGUACCAACAUUGCGUUAUGUAUUGCAAGGCGUGCACUCUUCACUACGCCUUGCCUUUUGACUAACGCAGUCAGGGCACCAUUGACUUUUGUUCCCGGCAGCGACACUCCUGUCCACAUCUAAAUCACAUCUUCCAUCCCGGCUGAAAGCACUCCCCAAGUAUACAAUUUGGUGUGGAUGGUAGAUUGCUAAGGGCUGUGCAGUCGCUUUACUGUGACUGUAAAGCCUGUGUACGGGUAGGGCAUGACCUGUCACCCAUGUUUAGCGUCCAAACGGGCGUAAAACAGGGUUGUGUCAUGUCUUUCUGGCUGUUCAUACUGUAUCUAGACAGCUGUUUACAGAAGCUGAAAGAUAGCUGUUUGGGUGUGAAACUGGGUGACAUUAAAGUAAAUUGUCUGCUGUAUGCCUAUGAUGCAGUGCUUAUAGCACCAUCAGAGGCAGAACUGCAGGCAUUAGUCACGUGUAUGAAAGAGGAAUGUGAAAUUAAAGGUCUCCGUUUGAAUGCUAAUAAAACUAAGGUUCUGGUAUUUGAAAGGGACGAAGAGAGAACGAAGUGUGAAAUAUGGGUAAAUCAGGAAUGUCUAGAACAGGUAAAUGAAAUUGUAUACUUGGGGAGGUUACACUAUUUAAAUAAUUGGGAAAAUUAAACAUUUUGUACAACAGACUUCACUAUAAAUAAAAUGAAAACAUCAUCAAUAUAGUCGAAGUCAAUUAAAUACGAAUUAUUAAGGAUAACUCUAAAACUAUAGGUCAGAUCUUAAUCAAAUUUAUGCGGGAUCACACGAGAAGCACCAGCUUUCAAAUAAAAAAAAAGAAGUAUCAUAAUCGGUUCACCUAGAAAAAAGUUUUGUGGAAACACACCGAAAAUGCAGUCGAAUUAAGAAUUAUCUUCUUUUUUUUGUAGUCGGUUAGAAAUAAAAAAUUAAAUCGGUCCAGUUUUCUAGAAGGAAACAGGGGAAUACGAGAUGGUGAUUUCGUCUUUAUUACGCAGGCAUAAUCAGUCCGAGGUGCAGUUGUCUGGCACUGUAUACUGGUAGGUGUGAGGGAGCGUGACAAAAAUAACUUUGUUAAAAACCUAUUCUCAAAUGUCACGCCUGUGGUGACCGGCGUAUUGCUGCUACUGUAUUAUUGUUUAAAUAAAGGUUUAAAGUAAUUUUUGAUACGUAAAAGUGGUGCGAUUUGCGAAUUUAAUGUAUGCGCAUGUGAACUAUUUGUAGAAACGACGAAACAAGUGCUCCGAUGGUGAUGUGUAUCUCAACAUAAGAUAUCUGUCUGCUUAGGCGCCUCGAGAUACUAUCCUAAUCAUCUCCUUGGAGCUGCCGUCUGUCUACUGGCUGAAGCUACCGUUAAAAUUUUCCAAAAAUUUCACAAUUAUUUUAUUGACACUGGCAAAAGUACGGCCGUACGAGUCCAUUACC